GGGGCGCCGGAGUUGGGAGGUCACUACCCCGGACUGCGCCGCGGUGAGCACCUGUGAUGUCACCGAGACAGAAAGCAGCGGUCCUGCUAACGAACGCUCACCCUGGGUCUGGGCUCGGGUGUGAAACGGGGGUCACUGUACCUGAAUUUUCCAGAUGUAGAAUAUAUAGUACCUUUCAAGGUAAAUGAAAAUUGAAACAGGUUGCCUGUGAUGAGUAAACUGGAAUUGAAGCAAAGCAAGAUGCUGCAGGUUCAGUUUGUGGGGGAUGAUGAUGUUCUGAAUCACAUUCUCGAUAGAGAAGGAGGUGCUAAAUUAAAAAAGGAGCGAACUCAGCUUUUGGUCAAUACAAAAACAAUAAUCAAGAAACCAGACUAUGACCUGGAAGAAGAUGACCGAGAAGUCCUCAAAGAUCAGAACUAUGUGGAAGUUUUGGGGAGAGAUGUUCCAGAAUCCUUGAAAAAUGGCUCAGCUGCAGAUAGUGGGAGUAAAGUUUACUCUUUUCAAAGUAGAAAACACUCUGAAAAGAUGUCUAAGCUAGCUUCAGAACUAGCAAAACCACCGAGGAAAAUGGUUCCAUGCCAUUCGAAGAUGGAUCCGGAAGUAACACUCAACACACCUCAAAGUAGCAAGGGACAUUCUACGUCAGACAGUGUUCAGCUGAAGGACAGUGACAAAAGUAAAUUUCUCUCAGCAACACCUAGUGCUCAAAGGAAAAGAUUAAUGGCUCCAAGUUCGCAUUCCAACAGUGAAAGUGAAUAUUCUACUUCUGACUCGGAGGAUGAGGAAGGGACUGCGCAGGAAGAUGAAGACACUAGUGAGGUCAUUUCGAGGCAAAAGACGCAGACUCAUAACAGAGUAGUUGCCACAGCUGCUGACAAAGAAACACCUUCAAAGAAAAUGAAGAAGGGUAAAACAAGUGACUUAGUAGAGGAAUAUUUCGAAGCUCACAGCAGUUCAAAAGUUUUAACCUCCGAUAGGACACUGCAGAAGCUGAAACAGGGGAAACUGGAUCAGCAAACUUUGCGUAACUUAUUGAGCAAGGUUUCACCUUCCUUUUCUGCUGAGCUGAAACAACUAAAUCAGCAAUAUGAACAGUUAUUUCAUAAGUGGAUGUUACAGUUACACCUGGGCUUCAACAUCGUGCUCUACGGUUUGGGAUCUAAGAGAGACUUACUAGAAAGGUUUCGGACCACCAUGCUGCAAGAUUCUGUUCAUGUUGUCAUCAAUGGGUUUUUCCCUGGAAUCAGUGUGAAAUCAGUCCUGAAUUCUAUAACAGAAGAUGUCCUUGACCAUGUGGGAACUUUCCGAAGUGUACUAGAUCAGCUAGACUGGACAGUUAACAGGUUUAAACAAGAUUCUUCUUUAAAACUUUUCCUACUCAUUCACAAUCUGGAUAGCCAAAUGUUGAGAGGAGACAAGAGCCAGCAAAUUAUUGGGCAGCUGUCGUCUUUGUGUAACAUAUACCUGAUAGCAUCUAUCGAUCACCUUAAUGCUCCCCUCAUGUGGGAUCAUGCAAAGCAGAGUCUUUAUAAUUGGCUCUGGUAUGAAACUACUACAUAUAGUCCGUAUACUGAAGAAACGUCCUAUGAGAAUUCUCUUCUGGUUAAACAGACUGGAUCGCUACCACUUAGUUCCCUAAUUCAUGUCUUACGAAGUCUUACUCCUAAUGCAAGGGGGAUUUUCAGGCUUCUAAUAAAGUACCAGCUGGAUAACCAGGAUAACCCAUCCUACAUUGGACAUUCUUUUCAAGACUUUUACCAGAGGUGUCGAGAAGCCUUCCUUGUCAACAGUGACUUAACGCUUCGGGCCCAGUUAACGGAGUUUCGGGACCAUAAGCUUAUAAGAACGAAGAAGGGGACUGAUGGAGUGGAGUAUUUAUUAAUUUCUGUUGACAGUGGAACAUUGACUGAUUUCCUGGAAAAGCAAGAAGAGGAGGCUUGAAAGUUACCUUCACUGUUGAACCUUCUGUGGAAGAUUGUGCUCCAGCUGCGGACUUCUGUAGACAGAAGUGGUGUGUUUACAUCAACAUUACUUUUCCAAUGUACAGGAUUUAAAGUUGGAGAAUUUCACCCAUCAGAACUUGUGACUGCCCUGCCCCCGUAUACAUCUCUCAUACGAGGCAGCUGUCCUCAAGGUGGUGAAAAUGUGCCUUUCACUCAUUCCCUCUCGGGAGACUGGUUGCUGGAAUGAACAGUGUGCUCAGGGACUACUUGGAACUGGAUGCUUUUUAAUCCUUUUAUACGAGAAAUGAUAUUAUUCCUAAUUUCAUGAGAGUCUUUUAAAACUCCUGAGAAGAUUGUUUGCAAACAUGCUGGUCCUGGUGUGGAGGGCUUGAAGAUGCGGCACCGUCCACUUGCUGUUGUGUGUGUGAACUGACAGUGCAGCAGAGAAGACGGUCGUCUGCUCCUGCUUCUGAAGUGGCCAACGAGACUCGGAUUGGGAAGAAGCGGGUGAUCGUGCUUUCGCUUUGAAUGGCAGCUCCCUACUUGGUGGACAAAGGGGGAGCAGGGGGACGUGGAGAAAGCAUAAGGAGUUUAUGGGGAUGCACACAUAAUACAAAUGAGAUGCCAGACGAGAAAAAUGAAACCCGGAAUUGCAAGUUAGUCAUUGGUUUCAAGGUGACACUAUAAAAACAUGGCAGGAUUCUUAGCUAUUUUUCUUGAUUAACAUGCAGGUGAGUAGCAUCUUAAUAGCAGGCUCUAAAGAUUUUGCAAUCAAUAAAUCUAAAGAUAUCACUGUAAGAUAUUUCCAUUUUUCCUUAAAGUGAUAAUUUCAAGCCUCCUAAAGAUUUAUUUGAGCCUAUUUUCUUAGGAAAGAAAAAAGCCAUCAUAAGAUCUCAAUAAAGAUUCUGGAAUGAAAAAAAAAAAAGAAAGAAAAAAGGACGACUCUGUCCACUGUUGUCAGCUUAAAGUCCGCAUACUCCCUGAUAUAUUACUUUGAAGUGAAAUAUUGUUACAUAUCACUGUAAUAAAAUACGUACUACAUCA